CCGUAACGCGGCGUAGGGCUGGAUGACGUAAAUUAACGAAGCGUGGGUCGGUCGAGAAGGUGACAGUGUUGUGUCCCGACCGGAUACGCGAUGACUGCUGAACUGCUGAGAAAAUUUCCUGUGGAUCAGGAGCUGCUUAAGGCAUUCAGGAGCCAAGUCUCUCCUUUGUUCGAGAAGCAACCAGAGUUGUAUUACGAGAAGGACAUACAGAGAUUCGAGAAUGACGAUUUAUACGCUCACAAAUUCCUCGCUCAUCAAGCAUAUUUGGACCAAGACGUUAAGAAUCUUAUUGAGAGAGCCACAAAGAUGGUAGAUGAGAACUUUAAGUGGCGCAAAGAGUUUGGAGUUCAAGAUAUCAAGAGGGAGGAGCUCCCUGAUGAGUUUUUCGACAGAAAGGGUUGUAUAUAUCUUAAAGAGGAUAAGGAUGGUCGUCAAGUGGUGAUCAUUAAGGUGAAUAAGUUGAGGAAGACUCGACCUGGAGAGCGGGAGAUCGGUGAAAAGUUUCUAAUAUAUUGGUUGGAAAAUAUCUACCAGAAGAAUCAUUAUGGCGUCACCAUUAUUAUCGACUGUACCAAUGCAGGACUCAGCAAUGUGAACAUGGAUAUGGUGGAAUUUGCCAACUUUAUCUUUCGACGUCAUUAUCCCUGCUUCUUAGGUUAUUUCCUGGUGUUCAAUUUACCUUGGCUGCUUGAAGCGGUUUGGAAUAUCAUCAAGAGGUUUCUACCCCAGUCCGGUAUCGAUAGAAUCAAAUUUGUCGACAAGAAAACCAUCAUGGAAUACGUGGAAGCGGAUAAACUACCAGAAUACCUUGGUGGAAACGAUAAGUCCGAAUUCGAGUACCACGAAUCUCUAGUAGACACUGCCCUUCUGUUUCAAGAUAAGGUAGACGAAUCGUCUGUCUCCAACACGUUAACGACACCCUCAAGCUCAUGACUGAUGUAACUUGUAUUUCUUUGUUCUUUUUACGUAUUCAAGAUUGUUAUUAGUUUUAUAUACCAUAAAAGUUUUUAAAAA